AUGCUUCGUUUGGAGAAAAAAUGGAGAAGCCAACUACCUACACAAAGUGGAGGCUCAAAGAGAACCAAGGUUAGUGCAACUGGAGCAUACUCAUCAUCAUCAAAUCCAGAAACACCAUUGGCUGACAAAACUGGUGUGGACUCUCCCGUUUGCCCACAAGGAACAAAAAAGAGCAAGAGAAAAGGUAAUAAAAAAGCACAAAUGUCUGAAGAGCUUGGCAAAAGAAAAUCAUCAGUUAUUAAGAAAUUAUCUCUCAUGGAUGAUAUUAAGAAUGUUAGAGAAAAGGAACUAAUGAAUAAGAAAAAAGAAAGAGAAAUGGAUAUGCAAAUACUUAAUGUUGAUACAUCUACAAUGAGUGAAAAACGACGAGCGCUUCAUGAGAUUGCAUGUGAGAAAAUAAUCAAUAAGUAG